CAUCGUCGAUGCUGUGUAACCGCGAACGCAGCGGGUUCAAUUUUUUCCCUCCUUUCUAGUGAGGAUUAGGAAAAAGCCAAGACGUCAAAAUGGCGACGGCGACACCGACAAGAUCAAGGCUGCGGGAAUACUUCCACACCGAGUACCAACCCGGCGAGCGCAAGUUGGUCCAGAAGAUUGAUUUCUUCAUCUUGACUUUCUGCUGCUUGAGUUAUUUCACCAAUUAUUUGGACCGAUCUAAUCUCAGCAAUGCUUACGUCUCGGGGAUGAAAGAAGACCUGGGGUUUGUGGGCAACCAGUUGAAUGAGAUCAACACAUGCUUCACCGUCGGCUACGUCAUCGGCCAGAUCCCCGCCAACCUGUCGCUGCACUACAUCAAGCCGCGAUACUUCUUCCCGGCCUGUAUGCUCAUAUGGGCGGGCUUGACUAUGGUGACGGCUUCGGUGCACAAGCCCCAGAGUAUCAUGGCUAUCCGCUUCUUUCAGGGUAUAGUUGAAGCUACUACCUUCGUCGGUACACACUACAUCCUGGGCUCCUGGUACACCGAGCGUGAGCUGGGCAAGCGUUCCGGUAUUUUCACGGCGUCUGGAUUGGCGGGGACGAUGAUCGGAGGCUUCAUCCAGACAGGCAUUCACGAUAGCCUGGACGGUCGGAGCGGUCUCAGCGGUUGGCGUUGGCUGUUCAUCAUAGAUGGUAUUAUAACGCUACCAAUUGCCUUAUAUGGAUUCCUCUUCUUCCCGGAUACUCCAUCGACGACGGGUGCUUUCUACCUCAGCGAAUCGGAGAGGGCGUUGGCUGUAUCUCGCGUACCCCCUGUUGAAGACAAGUCGCCUAUAUCUUGGACAUUCCUCAAGAAAUGCCUAACCUCUUGGUUCUUCUGGGGCUUCGUUAUACUGUGGAUUAUUGCUGGUGAAACGGAGUCCUUCAGCACAAACUCGCUCUUGGCUUUAUAUAUGAAGAGCCAUCCAACGAUAAAAUAUUCGGUCUCUCAGCUGAACAACUACCCUACCGGUAUACCUGCAGUUGGAAUCGUAUCGACGAUUUUUUGGGCGACGCUUACGGAUUUCCUCAACGGCAAGCGGUAUCUUGUUGGUUACUUCAUCGCUAUCACAGGCAUAGCUACUUCAGCUAUGGUCCUGGCCGCUUCUAAGGACCCGACGAAUCCGACGUCGACCUCGGUCGUGUUCGCUGCUUAUUAUUGGGCAGGCACCGUCUAUGCUUGUCAGGCUACAUUUUUCGCGUGGGCCAACGACACUCUCCGGUACGAGGAACACAUGUUCCGAGCUGUUGUGCUUGCCGGCAUGAAUCUGGGAAGCAACGCCGUGAACGCGUGGUGGAGUAUAAUUUUCUACGGAGCAUCGAUGGCACCUUGGUUCACUAGGGGUAUGUGGGCUAUGAUUGCUGUGUCUAUCCUGUUGGUUAUCUGGACGGCGGCGCUAUCGUAUACAACUUCCAGACACGAGAAGAAGCGAAAAGCAGAGCUCGAACAAUCCUAUGGCACUAGUGACCGUAAGAGUGUCACUAAUUAUGCAUGAGGCUUUCUACUAGGAGAAUCUGGAGGGGAGAAUGGACAUCAUAGAUGCACAUGAUCUAAUGCGUUAAUAUCUUUAAAUGAUAACGGGGUUUCCAGAUUGCUCCAACCAUCUACGAUAUCUUUGAUACGUGUGGUCUGACCGGGGAAUAGAACAUGCUGGGUUCGUGGGUUAAUAAUCUGGGGCAGGCCAGUGAAAGAACUACACUCUAACCUGUCAAUCAUGAUACACGGCCACCUU